UUUUGCUUGACCAGCAUUCGAAGGCUUGUCGUCUGCAGCAAUGGUACUGUCACUCUCUGGAGCAUUGGUCCUGCUCCUCUCAGCAGGUCUGACAGACGCCCAAUUUCCACCCACCCCGGAAGGCGUCACGACCAUCAAGAGCAAACAUCACAAUGGCAUCAAAGUGUCGUACAAGGAGCCUGGCAUCUGCGAAACUACUCCAGGCGUAAAGAGCUAUGCCGGCUAUGUUCAUCUACCAAAAGAUGCUCUCAACGAGACACACGAGCACAAUGGCUAUCCCAUCAACACCUUCUAUUGGUUCUUCGAAUCUCGCAAAGACCCCGCCAAUGCACCUCUUGCCAUCUGGCUGAACGGUGGACCUGGCGGAAGCUCUCUUCUAGGCGCUCUCGCAGAGAACGGACCCUGCUUCGUGGCCAACGACUCCAAGACCACCUAUCUCAAUCCCUACUCAUGGAACAAUGAAGCCAAUCUGUUGUUCAUUGAUCAGCCCGUUCAGGUCGGCUAUUCUUACGAUGUGCUCACGAAUGUUACCGUCGAUCUCGCGGCAAUGUCCGCCGAAGAACAGGGAAUUCAUCACGCGGACUUCUCAAACGGCGUGCCGAAGCAGAACAACACGUUCCUUGUGGGAACUAGUUCGAGUCAAGAUCAGCGUAGCACUGCCAACAGUACUCAGCAUGCUGCCACAGCCCUCUGGCAUUUCGCUCAGACCUGGUUCGAGGAGUUCCCGGCGUACAAGCCGAAUGAUGGGGGCAUCUCAUUGUUUACCGAAUCAUAUGGUGGACAUUAUGGACCAGGCUUUAUGGACUACUUCGCUAGACGCAACGUUGAGAUCGAGAAAGGAAAGCUUGAUGGCCACGUCCUGAAGCUGAGUACACUUGGAAUCAUCAACGGCUGUAUUGACGCUCCGGAUAUGAUCGAAACGGAGAUCAUCUUCUCAUACAACAACACCUACGGCGUGGAGGCCAUCUCCAAGAAAGAAUACGAGAAAAGCAUGCAUGACUUCCACAAGCCGGGCGGAGCGAAGGAUCUGAUCGAAAAGUGUCGCGAAAUGGAGCGAAAGACUGAUCCGCACGACCAUGGUGACGUCGCUGAGACGAACAAAUUCUGUUCCCACGCAGCGGACUACGCGGAGAGUAUCGCCGACGAUGUUUUCGUCAAUGCCAGUCGUGCUGGGCGGUUUGAUGUCACCCAUGAUGCGAAGGAUCCGUUCCCUCCACCGUACAUGUUCGGAUGGCUCAAUCAGCAUGAGACGCAGAAGGCGUUUGGAGUGCCAGUCAACCACUCAUGGUCAUCGCCCACUGUCGGCGAGGCCUUCCAUAAGACCGGUGACUUGGUGAAAGGCAACCAAUUGAAGCAGAUCAGCUAUCUGCUCGAGCACGGUGUCAGCGUUGCGCUGAUGUAUGGUGACCGAGACUUUGCCUGCAACUGGAUUGGCGGCGAGCGAUACUCGAAGAACAUCCCUUGGACCCAUCAAGACCAGUUCAAAGACGCCGGCUACACACCACUUCUCGGCUCCUCUCCCUACACGGAGUCGAGUGGACUUACGAGGCAGUUCGGUAACUUGUCGUUCACGCGAGUCUACCAAGCCGGCCACAUGAUACCAUCCUACCAACCCGAAGCAGCCUACAACAUCUUCAUGCGCGCUCUCACAGGUCGCGAUAUCGCGACGGGUGCUGUGGACCUCAAUAGCUACGCAUCUUCUCACUCUGAGCAGUAUAGCACCAAAGGCCCAUCGGACACUUGGUGGAUGAAGAACGACGUUCUUCCACAGCAGCCGCAUGAGUGCUAUAUCUUGGAUGUUGCAUCGCGUUGCACGGACGAGGAAGCUGAGUGGAUCAAGGAUGGAACGGCUAUCGUUAAGGAUUGGAUCUUGGUAGGGAGGAAUGAAAGCGCUGCUGUGGAAAUGGGCCAGAAGUUUCAAGAUUUGCCGCUCAUUGGCGGGCAGCAUCCGCUCUUGGGAGACUGGUGA